GACAACAGUGACUGUCUGACGGCCGCAUUAGUGUCAAGAAAAUCAUAUUUUUGAUUCAGCGAGUGGAACAAGUUUAAUAAAAUUCAAUAAGACAAAUAGUGUUUGAAGUUUAUUUACUGCACUUGUGAUAGUAGGAGUGAAUUGCAACUUGGAUUAAUGAUGUGAUGGUUCUAUUUAAAUAAUUUUUGUUUAUAAUUUUGAACGAUGGAGAUCUCUGGAGUGGGUAAAUCACCAAAUUCGUCACUAAGCUUCAGGUACAAUGCCAACAAUGAGGAGUUAGAGGAAUUGUACCAUGUCUGUGAAGAUGACCCUCCAACUCCACAGUGUGACCCUCCUCCUAGCACACCGAUUGAGAAUGCCAGCCCCAAGAGAGGAGAAAGAUCAUCAUCUAUCAUAGACAAGUACUUCAAGUCUAUGAGGGCAGAGAAACCUGUUGAAAAACCAAUUGAAAAAUCUGAAGAUGGCAAGUCUGCUGAAGGAAAACAGGAUGAAGCGAAGCCGGUGCCCAAGGAAGUGUCAUCAUCCCCUAUGAAGGAUUACUUGAACCGCCUGGGCAAGCGGAGUACUCCCGAUGUGACACCUGACGUGAAGGAAGCACCCAAUGAGACUUGGAAGAUAUUCCAUGACUUCAAGUUUAAGAUUGCUCAAGCCGUUGAAGAUAUGAAGACUCGUUCAGUAGAAGAAACCAAGGAAAAAGUAAUGCCAAGAGAAAACUCAACAUCCGAUUCGGAAGAAAAUUCAGCAAUCAAGGACUCUGAUCAGCAGAGUGUUGGAGAUACAGACAACCAGGUAUCUUCCCUAGACAGCAGUAUGCAGAACUUAUCGGAAAUGACGCAACCACUGACGGCUAAGCCCAAUGAACGGGACCCAAGUCUUCCUGUAGAUAACAAGAACUACUCGGAUUCUAGCGAUGAUACACACAAGAAUUUAGUACUAGGCAAUGAAUCAGCUGAAGUAAGAAGAGAUUAUUUAAAUGACAGUAUGAUGGAAGUGGAAUCGGGUGUUGAGGCUUUAGAAGAUACCAUAGAUGGUUAUGGGGAAAUCCACAAUGUAGAUCCUCUAGUAUCCAGCGGAAAGCCUAUGGACACAGACCCAUUACCUCCACCCCUUAGCUCGGCCAAUUUCGGAUCACCUCCAAGCAAGAAUAAUAUGCAAAGCCCGCAAUUGUCAACAAAACCUAGCUACUUCUUCAACUUUUCAAUGUACUUUCUAACAUUCCUCAUUUUCAUAAGCUACGUACUGUGUCCAAAUUCGAAUGUCUGGAACGGUUUUGUGCUCGGUCUGUGGUUCUUUUGUUUUACGAGCAAUUUGAAGAGCUGGCUGUUGGACACUUACUUUAGCGAGUUGGAUCCAAAAAGUUCCAACCUUCUUCAACUGAAGCGAAGCAGUGCUAUGCCAGCCACUUACACUAUACCUUCAGUGAAAGAACAUAGGCCUAUAAAAAAAUAUGAGGGCUGGAUAAACCACUACAGGUUUCCGGAUUACGAUCCGAGCUCAUAUCACAUCAACAAGACAACGACGGCGUUUAUGAAGCUCGAAGGUUGCAACCUGAGGAUAUCGUAUACUUCGACUAAAAUACCAAAGAGGGAGCUAUGGGAUGAGAAACUGGACAAGGUAGCGUUCUACCAACAUAGGCUGUACAAUUUGACUGGCGCCAGGGUUAUACUGCUGCCAAAAGGAUUGGUUAAACGGAGACAAUGGAGCAAAAAAUACCCAAUAUGCAUUAUACUAAACGAGAAAGAAAAGAUUCAAGUAUUAGAGAAGGAAACUUCUGUGUCCGACAAGAAGGCAGCAGAGGUCCCUUCUGAAAAGAAGAAGGAACAACAUCAACACGAGGAGACUGAGACGAAUACGAGUCCAGAGAAGAGAAGAAAGUUUGUGUGGAGGAGACGAGAAAAGAGCAGUUCACAUUCCGACGGCGAGACAGGGAAGGAGGGCCUAAGACAUAGACUGGUUAGAAAAAUGCACAGAGAUAAAAAAACAGACAGCGUUUCCACGGCAACGGAGCCCGUGGAGACUCAAAGCCAGAGUCACGUGAGAACAGAAAGGGCGCUCAUGUCCGAAGACUCGUUCCACGACCAUGAGAUAGAACUUACCUCCAAGUCAGUGACCAGCACCAAGGAUGAAAUUGACGAAGAGUUGGACGAUACUGAACUCUCCAAGAUUAAGGACUUUUUGGAGGAGACGGAAAUGGAGAUAGCCGCGGACGGCACGGGCGAAGGCGAGUGGAGCGUGCACGUAAAGAAUUCCAGAGACAAGCAUUCUCAUCUGUACCUGUUCACGCGCACGGGAAGAGAUAAACAUGAAUGGUACCGUCGCCUAGUGAUAGCAAUAAACGAGGGUAACGCAGCUUCUGCAGAGAACUCUUGCGCAGAAGAUAAGACGGCCAGCGACGAGAGCAAGGAAAGCAAGGACAACAUAGAGCUGGCUGUCUACAAGCUCACUGAGAAAGAAACUGUCGCUUUUGCUAAGUCUUCUAGUAAAACAAUAGAUUCGUUAACUGACGGCGGUGGUGUGACCAUCACGUCAAUAUCGCAGCCGAUGCCAUCAGACACGGACUACGAGAAGACCUUCUGGCCCUACCUCCUCAAAAUCAUACAGCAGAACAAAAACUCCACAUCAGAAUGUUCGUGCAGAAUGCUACCGGCUGAAGUGACGUGGGUGAACACAGUGCUAGCGCGGAUCAUGUACGACCUGAUGCGGGACCCCGUCAUGAUCAGCCGCCUGCAGAACCGGAUACAGAGGAAACUCCAUACCCUCAAGUUACCGUCGUUCAUGUCUCCGCUGCUGGUGACGUCGCUGUCGCUGGCGGGCGCGUGUCCGCUGGUGGAGCGAGUGCUGGCGCCCGCGCUCGACGCCCGCGGCGUGUGGCUCGACGCCGACCUGCGCUACGACGGCGGCGCCUACAUCGCCAUCCUCACGCAGAUCAACCUGCUCAAGCUGAAGGAGAAGAAUAUGACACUAGAAGAUCAAUUACUGGCGGCCAGUGAGGGACUGGACUGCGAUAUACAGACUUCUUCGUCGGCAGCCGCGUACUCGGACCAGUCGUUACGGAUGAGAAAACCAGCAAUAUACGACUCUGACGUAGAAGACUCGGCGGAGUCGAGCAGCGAUGACGAGAGUCCGCCCGUGCAACCGGUCGAUAGCAAUGAAACUUUAGCACCUUCUGAAACUGCGUCACUAAGUAACGCAGAAGGAACGUCUUCUAAGAAAAAGUUCUUACGUAUGGUCGACAAGAUCGCCACGAAUAAAUAUUUCCAACAAGUGACAGACUACAAGUACGUGAAACGCGCCAUGGAAGGACUAUCGAACACGGAUAUCAAGCUACACUUAGAAGUGCACGCGUUGGAAGGACGUUUAGCUGUCAACCUGCCGCCGCCGCCGCAUGACAGAGUCUGGAUAGGAUUCCGCACGAACCCGCAGCUAAUACUGAAAGCUCGACCGGCGGUCGGCGCUCGCACUCUCCGCUUCGCGCACAUCACCAACUGGAUCGAACAGAAGCUCAGCAAGGAGUUCGAGAAGGUUCUAGUUCUGCCCAACAUGGAGGAUAUCAUUGUUGACGUCAUGACCCCCACGCCCGUACAGUUUGAGUAAAAGGAACCCUUAUGUCAAAGGAAUAAGGUGGGUUUUUGUAGCAAGAAGUUUGAGAAGGUUCUAGUUCUUAUUGACGUCAUGCCGAAUGAAAAUAAACCUUAUAUCCGAGGAAUAACGUGGGCUGGGCUUUUGUCAAGCAAUGUUCGAUUUAGAACGCAUUUUGAUUUUCUGGCUGGUAAGUGUGAUUUAAAAUUACAUUUACUUUAAAUUAGAACGUUUUGUGGCCCGGUUACAUUGUUUACUGAUAAAGUCACACACUACAGAUAGCAUUAACUAUCAGAUUUUAUCGGUAACCAGUGCAACUAGGCCUAAAUAUUAUUAAUAUUUUGAUUGCGAGAAAUAAUGAAAUGGCAAUUUGAUAGUAUUUUGUAUGUUUUGAAAGUUUGACGCUUUGUGGUACUGUAUUAAUAUAUUAAGAUUACUCAGGGUAUAGGCACAUGUAACAUGCCAACUGUUAUGUCGCCCAAAACGGUUCUUAUGCUUAUUAUUUAUUUAAAGAGAAACUUAUUUUAACUAUAUUGUUAUAAAGUGUACUAAUAAAUUAUUGUGUUGGAUUGCAAAUUAAUAUAAUUAUAGAACACUAGUUGUCAAUAACAUUUCAAUAUCAUUCCAUAAAUACAUUUUAACUACAUAUUCAACAGUUAUCAGAUAACUAAGUAUUCAAUGCCAAACUAAAUUCCUUAAUUCUUUAAAAGUCGACUAUCAUUAUUUAAUUGCUUUAACGCUCUUAUUUUCAUUUAUAAAUAUUCAAUAACAACUUUGAACUCAUAAUUUAAAUUAAUAAAAAUAAAUGAGACGUUAAUGUUCCUUUUUAAUUUAAACAGCAUAAAAUAUAAGACUUGACUUAAAAAACAACAUGAAAGUAAGUAAAGUUAUUCUGAAUGCAACUGUACUUGAAACCAUUUUACAUAAAAAAAAACUACAUAUUAUGCGAUUAUAAAUAUUAUGAAAAUUCUAAAUCUUGCCAUAAGAACACGAUAGGAACUUGAUAAAAUUCCUUUCACUAAAAAAAUGCCGAGCACUUGAAAAUAAACAACUUAAAUUGAGCUAAAAACACAUACGUAAUAUUAAAAACAUAUAGCAAUUACGUCUGUGCAAUGAUUAGGAAUAAAUAAAAUAUAUAAUAAAAUAAAAUUAUUAUAAUUAAAAAUAACACUACGAUUUGUCUAGCGUAAGUUGUAAACGUAAAAACACUAAUAUAGUAUUUACUAAAAAUAGAUUUAUUGCGUAAAAUAUUUUUCUUUUGAGAUGUUGUGAAAAUUUUCCCAUUUGUACUAUAUACACGUUAAACGUUUAAAAUUAUUAAAUAAAUAUAAAUUGCCUAAAGUUGUGGUAGUUUGAUGUGCAACGUUCGCUCUUCAUUUCACUAGUAGAAAGCAUACGGUUCUUAAACUAAAAAAUAACUUAAAAAAAAAACAAGUUAUUUUUUUGAAAAUUAAUAGCUAAUGGUACUAUAGUUUGUGAUUUUCGCUAUCAAAUAAUUUACAUAUUCAAUUAUUAACGUUGUUUUUAUUGGCACGACUACUGUUAACUCUCCUAGAGCUAUAUUGGUUUCUGAAAUUGAUAUGUUAAUUUAUUUAUAUUUUCGCCACGUUUUUGUUUAAAUUAAAAAUUUAUUAACUGUGAUGCUGAGGCCGACAUAAAUUAGAAGUUGUUUGGCACGUUUAGACUAAACGACAACCUUGGUAUUGAUAAAUAAACUGAAACAAGUAGUGAUGAGAAAAGCAAGCGCUAAGUAACUUCUUUUUAUUCUGCCUUGGUUCUACCGUAGCUUGUCUUUCUUCUUUUCUUUCCACGAUCAUACCGCUAAAACUAUUUUAUUUCAAUCUUCAUUAUAUAUUUUGAUGUCUUGAGGAAGAAUUAACUUUUUUAAAUCAUCCUUCACCACUCAAACGAGCUUCCUCGCGUUACAAACAAAUGUUUUCGACAAUAAUUCCGUCUUAACCUGUUAUUAGUAAUUGCAAUAUCAAAUUUUAUAAAUAACAAGACUUAGAGAAAAAAUAUAAAAUACUAUUAUAUCUAUUAAAAAAUAAAAUUAAUAUUUUGAAGAAUAUUGACCUGAAUGGUUUGAGUAGAUGUUACUAAUAUUUUUCUAGUAGUCGGCAUACUUCCUAAUCGUUUUUCUAUCGGCUUUUUCGUCUCUUAAUCUAAAUUUUGGCACCAUUACGUCAUCAUUGUUUUUCUAAAUUGUAUCGCACAACUAAAUUACUCAUUGGCUUGCACGACGCAUAACCUUCAUUUCUUUCUGAGUGUGUUAGUGGAUAUAUUGCAUUUUCAAUUGUUUUUUUUUAUUACUGAUGGAUGUCAAGUUUUGACUGUUGUUUUCACAGCCACUUGGAAGUGAAAAUAACGCUAUAUAAAGGCACCAGCGAUGAGGAUGUAUGUCCAUUGGAAAUAUGACCAGAAAAAACCCUAAAGUAUCAAGACUACGUUAAAUCUUUUUCUUAUUUUUUCCUCCUUGUAUUUCAAUGGACAUAGAUCCGAAAUGUUUGAUUAAUCGUGUUGUAGAUAAAUGUGGUUUUAUUAUUGAGGAGUGCGAAUAUAAAUUGGAGAUGGUUCCGAACUAUGAAGGCUGAUAGUACUUUGCUCAUUUUGUGGCGAAAGGUGACGGCGCGUGUGUGCUAACUUGUACGAAUUUACGUGAGGGAAUGAUUGUUAUGGGUCCUAUUACAGAAUGAGUGAGAGAUUAAAACUAAAAUACUAAUUGCAGAGAAAGGAUGAGAAUCUUUCUAAUUGUUCUGUAAUUGACCAUAACGUCUAUUACCUACAGCUUAGCAUUAAUUCACUUUUGUAUUGCUACUAUUAAUAUAUUCACAUUAAAUGCCAAAUAGCCGUUGUAAUAUAGAUACUUGUUUUCUACAACUUAUUUUGCAUAAUGUAUUUCGUAAAAAAUCUUAUGAAUGUUUGGAUCAAUAUUGUUGCCUACAACCACUGUUGGACUGUUUUAGUGGUAUAAAUUCUAAACUUGUACAAUAUUGAUGUUCUAUCACAUAGUUAUCUCGUUGUUAUAAGUUACACAACUUGUUGAUACUCAAUCUCUCUGACGUAUGUAGAACACUGAAGACGUAUAUUUUGUAAAGACAUUGAAUACAUAUCAGUUAACACGUUUCAAUCUAUGUACCUGUAUUUUGUCUCAGUUUAUAGAUACACGUUAUAGAAUUCUGUAGUUACGGCAUACGGAUAAUAAGAUUUCUCUAACUCUAUUCAAAAAUUUACUUUUGGUCGAACAGACUUUUGAGGUGGUGGCAACAAGUCCGGUUUUGGGAUUCAUGAUUAAAACGGCUUAACCUAAUGUGUUCAUAAACUUCUGAAUACAAUGAAGUCUUAUGAAAGGUAAACAGUUCGACUUUCUGACUGUAAAAUAGUAUUUAUUAUUUAUAAUUAAUUUGUUAAAUACUGUCGAUCCGAUCCAUAUUUUAUUUCUAUUUAUUUCAAUAUGUAUAUUUGUUUCGUUAUUUAGUGAACAUUUUUUAUUUAAAACUCGAAUGUAAAGGAAUAUAUUUUGUUUUGUUUUAUUUAAAACUUCGAUCACUUAGUGGUUGGUAUUUCACAAAGUGUACCAAAUACGAAUGAAUGUCUAUGUAUAUAGUCUAUCAAAUUAUAAAGUGUUUAUGUGAUAUUAUAUAUAGUUAAGAGUUAAACCGUGCCGAGUAGUUUUUCUAUGUGGUAUCAGUUGUGAUUUUUUCAAUAAACGAAUUGCUAUAUUU